UGCUUGAAAAUUGUUGUAUGAUACGCUUAGUGUGCAAAAUAUAUUACUGCAGCACUACCCCCUUAGGAGUCACUAGAAGAUGUGGUUCCCCCUCAGGGGAGGACUGACAACUCAUGGGGCCCCCGGGCAAUAGAGGAUCAUUGGGCCCCUGUGUCCUUGCCCAAACUCAAAAAAUCCUAUGAAAAAGGUACCAGGGGCAUUUUUAUGGGGCCCCCUACUGACCCUGGGCCCUCGGGCAGUGCCUAGUGCUCGAAUGGUCAGUCCGCCCCUGCCAAGUAUGAUUACUGAUACGUUU